AUGCGCGCAGAAUCCCCUUUGUCGCUCCCACCGGCACCAGACGCUUUGCACCAAUCGGUUCGCUCAGUUUACCCCUCAAAGCCAGACACGGAAAAAGAGGAGCUGUUAGUACAGGUGAAUACCUUAAAGUAUGAGCUAGAGAACUUCAAGCAAGAAAGGGAUUUGAUGGUCCUACGCCAUGAGAAGGAACUACGGGAUUUGCAGCUCAAGGCAGAUUCGGACUUUCGAAAAGCUCAGGCCGCAGAGAGUAACAGCCACCGGGCAACCCACAAGAGCGAGACUCUCGCGAAAGAGAUGAAAGAAAUCCAGGACAAUGCCCUCAAUGAGAAAGCCGGUCUUGAGCGAAAGGUCAGAAGUCUUCAGGAUCAGAACCAGUCUCUUCAGGAGGAGGUGGAAGACUCAAAAGCACAAUCGCUCGACCAAGAAAGACAGUACAAAUAUCAGAUCAGCGAACUGGAUACCAUACGCUCGUCUUUACAAAAGACGAUCGAGGAAUUGCAGAAUGACCUCCAAACUGUUCAGAGUGAUAUGCAGACUACACAAGAAAAGCUGCGUCAACGGGAAGCAGAGGUUGCUGAUUUGGAAACGGAAAAUCUCCGGCUCAAAGCUGAAGGAACAGAUAGUGAAACGCUGUCAGUUCUCAAGCGCGAACUUUCCGAACAAGUCAGCCAUAUCAGGAAUCUGGAAACCACAAACCGUGAACAAGGCACCGAACUACGACACCUACGGAAGAUUCAGAAGAAUGUUGAAGUUGUGGAGGAGCAGAAGAGAUCGUUGGAAAAUCAGCUGCAGUUGAUGAAGGAUGUGGAGUCACAACUGGGGACUGCUCAGAUCCAGGUUCAGAUGUUGGAAGACGAGCGACGGUCUUGGACUAGUCUCUUGCAAGACAAUGAUCAGCCAGCCGAGUUCGAUUCUCCAGAAGCGGUCGUGAAGGCUUUGCUACAGGAGCGCAUAGAGAAAGCCUCUCUUGUUGAUAAGAUAGGUAGUGUCGAGGCACAGUUUCUGGAGAAGGACGAGUCGAUCAAGAACUUGGAGACGGAACGGACCACCUUGCGACAGGAAAUUGAAAAACUCCGGAGCAGUGCCGGUUCUGUUGCGGGCGGAGCCAUGGCAGAAAGCCGUAUGAAAGCAAGACUCGAACGACAGCGGGCUCUCGCUGUGAAAGAAGUUGACUAUCUGCGUGCCCAACUUAAGGCCUUUGACACGGAAGAGGUGACUAUGAAUCCGGAACAAAAUCAAUUCGAUCAGCAAAAGUCCGAGCAAAUCGCCAACCUUGAGAAGCUCGUUGAUGAGUAUAGGGCCGAGCUUGAAAAAGCUCAUGAAGAGCUGGCUAAAAGCGAGCCUUCCCAGCAGGAUGAAUCUCAACCGCGCGGAAUCAAACGGCCUCUCUCUCCAGCAGAGAGCGAUGCAGAAAGCGAACGUCUUUCUGUUUUGACGCGCAAGUAUAGAACCCUGCAGGAGUCCUUUUCGAAAUCCGAACAAGCCGCGACACUCCUGCGCAAGGAGCUCGAGGCAAGCAAGUCCCAGAUCAAGUCCCUCAAGGCUAGAUCGCGUACCAGGAUUCUCGAGCUGCGUGACAACCCCACCGCAGAGGCAGAAAACCUUAAACUCUCUACUGUCAGGACCUUAAAGGCCGAGAACCAGGAUCUCCUUGCUCAACUGCGCGGCGACCAUUCGGGUGUCAAGGUCGUUCCAGUGAGCACUCUAGAGAGCAUGAAGCUGGAAGUCCAAGAUAUGGAGCGAGUAGUUGCGGACAAGGAAAAGCGUAUGCGGCGACUGAAGGAAAUCUGGACGGCGAAGUCGUCGGAAUUCCGCGAAGCUGUUGCGUCCCUGCUGGGAUAUAAACUGGAUUUCCUUCCCAAUGGUCGUGUCCGAGUCACGUCGAUGUUCCAUCUAUCAGCUGCUUACAGACAUGGUGACCAUGAUGCUCCAUCGGACUCCCGGGGCCCAGGAAGCAUGGGCAACGGCGAGGAAAACUCAAUAAUCUUCGACGGAGAAAACGGUACGAUGAAGAUCUCGGGUGGUCCCAACAGCCUCUUUGCCAUGGAGAUUAAGCAUCUCAUCAAGUUCUGGGUCGAGGAGAGGAAGGAUAUUCCCUGUUUCCUUGCCGCUAUGACACUGGACUUUUUUGAUAAGACCACGAGAGCCGCACGCAUGUAG